AUGUCUGCUCUCGCCAGUGACGGCUCCAUCUCCGAUACCUAUACCGGUGGUUUCCCAACGAUUUCUCAGGAUCUUGCACCAUGCAUCGUCUUCGCCGUCCUCUACUUAAUCACGACGGUCGUCUGUAUAUGGCGUACGGUGCGGUACCGCCGUUCGAGGCGCAUGGUUGGAUCUUUCAUCCGUCUCAAUCUGUUUGAGCUCGUGAGGGUGACGACCAUGAUCUUGAGGGCCGUGGACGGGAAAAACAUACAGGACACGAUUGAGGGGAAAGGAACUUUCAACCAGGGCCUAUUCAUCGGAGAGCAGGUGUUGAUUAGUAUCGGCUACCUAUGGCUGGCAUCCACUUUAAACGAGUUCACCGUCUUCCAUGAACUCCGUGGUCAAAAUUGGAAGACCGCCAAGAAACAGAGACGUUUUACGCGUUUCACAGACCUUAUUUUGUUUGUCGCUGGCAUCUUGCUUUCUGCCACUGCCUACGAUUACUCCAACCCGACGUAUAGAAAGGUUUCUACGAUCCUUACGCUCCUCGCUCUCGUCGCCAUCUUUGGGUAUAACGUCCACCUCUCCCGUAUCCCUCACCUACCCAAGAGGACUACGUAUUGGCUCUGUCUUACCACACUUCUUCUCAUUGUCGUCCCAUGUUACCGUCUGAGCACCCUCUUCAACCCACCAACAGACGCGAGUUCCGGUGGUCGCAAGGCCGAGUUCUACAUCUUGCAGAUCACCGUCGAGUGGCUCGUCGGGGUGUCGAUCUUGAGCGUCAAUGUGAAGAAGUGGUGUGGCGUGGAAGACGAUGUGAAGCCGGGCGACAAGUCGACCUCGGCGGAGACUUUGAAUAUGCAAGAGACGGAGAAGGUCAAGGCACUUGAUGUAUGA